GUCGAAAAACUCUAUAAAUACUCCUAAAGCUAUGUAUUUUCCGUUCAGCUUUUAUUUAUAAAAAAAAAUACAGCGGAGGUUUUUUCUCUUAAUUUUCACUUGUGUGAGCGUGUGUUGUGUUUUCAAGCUUCACGCUGUGUCACACUGCAACACCAAAUCUGUUGUGGAAGGAGAGAAAAGGGACCAUCUGCUGUGAACCUAGAAGGUACUGCAAGAAUAAAUCUAUAGCACCCCAAGAACCCGAAAGCACUGUGCAGUAGAAAUAGGGGAAAGGUAGAGACUCAAAAUGAUUGCUAUAAAGAAGGCCCAGCAGAUCAACAGACCCAAACAGAACAGACUUCCUUCAACAGGAGAAAUCUUAGAAAUCAAGAGACCCAAAGGACAGAUUCCAGAAGAGGCUAUCCUAGCAUCGACUCAACUGGUCAAGGUGUCUGGUGGUGACAGGAGCAGAAAAUGACAGUAAAAAGCUCACUCAUGCAUCAGUUUAUUGGUCUAGUCUAGGUCAGAAAACUUGGAAUGGUGCAUGGAGCUACACACUUCUGUUUCCUGUUUCCUUUGAUGUAGCUUUUGGAUGGAGACUUGCUGGCAUCUGGCACAACUAACGGGAGGGGUGGUGAGACUGAAUGACCCUCACACACUAGUUGAUGAAAGAGGAUACUCAUUCCAUCAACCGAGAUCCUCUUAAUAUGAACGAACUUCCGAAGGACUCUGAAAAUGUUAAUGAGUUUCAAAGAGAUGAUUUACCGUUGUGCAAGACCGAAAGGGUCGAUGAUUGUCCUCCUUGCGUGCUUAAUACGGAGGCAUCCUUGUCUCUACUCCAAUAUAAAAGAAGAAAGCAUAAUGGUGAUACAAUAUUGAACCAUUCAAAAGCUUCAGAGAAUUCAACCAGGACAACUCAGGAUCUUUCCUCAUCCACAACAUCAACAGCAGCAACAACAACAAUUGCAACUACAGACACAAUGAUGACGACUGCUACAGCAACAACAACAGCAAUAUCUGCAUUGUUGGAAUUUUCUAAUGGAAUCGAUCGAACCCAAAGAGAAUCCUCGUGUUCCUCGCCCCAGACUUGA